CUGAGGGGGGCGUGCAGGUGAGGUAACCGGCUGAGGGUCGCCGGCAUGGCCGAGGCUAGGAAGCGGCGGGAGCUGCUUCCCUUGAUCUACCAGCACCUGCUGCAGGCGGGCUACGUGCGCGCGGCGCGGGAGGUGAAGGAGCAGAGCGGCCAGAAAAGUUUCCCGACUCAGCCUGUAACCCUUCUGGACAUCUAUACGCACUGGCAGCAAACCUCAGAGGUUGGCCGGAAGCGGAAGGCAGAGGAAGAUGCGGCACUGCAGGCCAAGAAGACCCGUGUGUCAGACCCCAUUAGCAGCUCGGAGAGCUCAGAAGAGGAGGAGGAGGAGGAGGAGGCGGAAGCUGAAACCUCCAAAGCCACCCCAAGACUAGCAUCUACCAACUCCUCAGUGGUGGGGGCAGUUUUGCCUGCAAGCAUGAAAGAAAAGGCCACGGCAAAGACCGCGAAAGCCAGCAAGACGGUGAACUCCACGCUACGCCCUGCCUCCGGGAAGGCAGUGGCCCACCUCUCUGGAAUGGCAUCGGCAGGCCGGGCUGACAGUUCCAGUGAGGACACCUCCACCUCGAGUGAUGAAACAUACGUGGAGGUGAAACCCUCAGUAAAACCACCCCAGGUCAAAGCCUCGCCAGCCCCUGCCAAAGAGUCUGCAGGGAGAAGGGCAGCCCCAACCCCUGGGAGGGCAGGAGCUGUGACACCCCAAGUCAGGGGAGGUGCCGUGACCCCAGCUGGCAGGGCCAAGAAGCCAGAAGAGGACUCAGAGAGCAGCGAGGAGGAAUCUGAGAGUGAGGAGGGAGCCCCUGAGGGGACCCCCAGCCAGGGGAAGGCCGCAGAGAAAUCUGUCUGGGUCAAAGCUGCCUCAGGUUCCGCCGAGGGGACCCCUGGGAAAGGAGCCAUCCCAGCACUCACUGGGAAGACAGGACCUGCAGCUGCCCAGGCCAAGGCAGGGAGGCCAGAGGAGGACUCGGAGAGCAGCAGCGAGGAGUCGGACAGUGAGGAAGAGACUCCAGCUGCCAAGACCCCGCUCCAGCCCUCAGGGAAGACCCCCCAGGUCAAAGCUGCCUCAGUCCCCACCAAGGAGUCCCCUAGGAAAGGGACCACCCCAGCACCCCCUGGCAAGGCAGGGCCUGUGGCUGCUCAGGCCAAGGCGGGGAGGCCAGAGGAGGACUCAGAGAGCAGCAGCGGGGAGUCGGACAGUGACGGGGAGGCGCCAGCAGCCAGGCCUCUAACCUCCAGCUCAGCUCAGGCAAAGCCUUUGGGGAAAAACUCGCAGGUCAGAGCUGCCUCGGCUAUGGGCAUGGGGCCCUCAGGGAAGGGUGCCAUCCCAGCACCCCCUGGGAAAGCGGCAUCUACAGCCACCUUGGUCCUGGUGGGGAAGCAAGAGGAGGACUCGGAGAGCAGCAGCGAGGAGUCAGACAGCGAGCGGGAGGCGCCAGCCCAGGCAAAGUCCUCAGGAAAAAUCCUCCAGGUCAAAUCUGCCACAGGUCCCGCCAAGGGACCCCCUCAGAAGACAGGGCCUGUAGCCACCCAGAUCAAGGUCGAAAGGUCGAAGGAAGACUCAGAGAGCAGCGAGGAUGAGUCGGAGAGUGAGGAGGAGGUGCCUGCAGCCGUGACUCCAGCCCAGGCAAAACCUGCUAUGAAAACUCCUCAGACCAAGGCCUCCCCAACGAAGGGCUCCCCCGUGACCCCCGCGUCUGCCAAGGUCCCCGCAGCGCGAGUGGGCACACCAGCCCCCUGGAAAGCAGAAGCAGUGACUUCACCAGCCUGCGCAUCGUCCCCAGCUGUGGCCAGGGGCACCCAGAGGCCAGAGCAGGACUCUUCAAGCAGCGAGGAGUCCGAGAGUGAGGAAGAGAAAGCUCCUGCUGUAGCAGUGGGACAGGCAAAGUCUGUGAGGAAAAACCCCCCAGCGAAAGCUGCCUCUGCGCCCACCAAGGGGCCAUCAGGGCAGGGGAAUGCCCCACUACUCCCUGGGAAGGCAGGGCCUGCAGUGGCCCAGGUCAAAGCUGAGAUGCACGAUGACUCAGAGAGCAGUGAGGAGGAAUCCGACAGUGAGGAGGUGGCAGCGACUCCAGCACAGGUGAAGCCCUCAGUGAAAACACCUCAGACCAAAGCCAGCCCAGCUUCUGCCAGGGCGGCUUUAGCCCCAGGGCCAUCAUCAGCUGUCAGAAAAGUGGUCACUGCAGCUGCUCAAGCCAAGCAGGGGUCCCCAGCCAAGGUAAAGCCACCAGCAAGAACCCCCCAGAGCAGUGCCAUCUCGGUGAGGGGCCAAGUGUCUGUGCUAGCGGGAGGAAAGGCAGAUGCCGCAGCAGACAGGGCCCAGCCGGGGCCAGUCAGGGGCUCACAGGAGGACUCGGAGAGCAGCAGUGAGGAAGAUUCGGACAGCGAGGGGGCGGCACCGGCGCCGGCACAGGCAAAGCCCCCAGGGAAGACCCCCCAGCUCAGAACUGCCUCAGCCCCCACCAAGGGGUCCCCCAGAAAAGGGGCUGCCUCAGCACGCCCUGGGAAGACAGGACCCACAGCCACCCAGGUGGGGAAGCAGAAGGAAGACUCAGAGAGCAGCAGCCAGGAGGAGUCAGAGAGCGAGGGGGCAGCGCCCUCUCAGGCAAAGCCCUCAGGGAAGACACCCCAGGUCAGAACGGCCUCAGCCCCCACCAAAGGGUCCCCCCAGAAAGGGGCUGCCCCAGCACCCCCUGGGAAGACAGGACCCACAGCCAGCCAGGCUGCGAAGCGGGAGGAGAACUCGGAGAGCAGCAGUGAGGACGAUUUGGACAGCGACGGGGUGGCGCCCGCUCAGGCAAAGCCCUCAGGGAAGACCGCCCAGGUCAGAACUGCCUCAACCCCCACCAAGGGAUCCCCCCGGAAAGGGGCUGCCCCAGCACCCCCUGGGAAGACAGGACCCACAGCCACCCAGGCUGGGAAGCGGGAGGAGAACUCGGAGAGCAGCAGUGAGGAGGAGUCAGACAGCGAGGGGGCAGUGCCGGCAGCUGUGACACCAGCCCAGAAGGAGGGUGCUUCCCAAACUGCCAGAAGCAAGACCCUGGGCCCAGCACUUCCGGAGAAGAAGGCACAGGGGUCCUCGGAGAGCAGUGAUGAGGAGCUGCCCGCAGGCCAGGUGAUUAAAUUCCCUCUGAUUUUUGUCGACCCUAAUCGUAGUCCAGCUGGCCCAGCUGCUACCCCCGCACAAGCCCAGGCUGCGAGCGCCCCGAGGAAGGCCCAGGCCUCGGAGAGCACAGCCAGGAGCUCCUCCUCAGAGAGCGAGGAUGAGGACGUGGUCCCCGCUACGCAGUGCUCGACUCCUGCUGUGAGAACCAAUGUGGUGAGCGUGCCCCCGGCCAACCCACGGACAGCCCUCCGAGCCGGCGCCGUUGGGGCCAGCAGCGGUGAGGAGGCCGGCCCGGCGUCGGAAGGCAGGAAGCAGGAGGCGCAGGUGACAAAGAAGAACCCAGCUCAUCUCCCGCUGACCCAGGCCGCCCUGAAGGUCCUUGUCCGGAAAGCCAGUGAGGCCCAGCCUCCUACUGCGAGGACCCCAUCUUCAAGUGGGGUUGACAGCGCUCUGGGAACUCUCCCUGUGACGAGUCCCCAGAGCACCCCUGUGCCAGCCAAAGUGACCAACAGGCUUGGAAAGCCCAAGGUUCCUGAGGUCCAGCGGGCCGUGGCCACUUCCUUGGGACGCCCCAAAGCCAAGGCCUCUGGGACUUCAGAUGACAGUGAGGACAGCAGCAGCUGCUCUUCAGGGAGCAAGGAGGAUGCUGAGGCGACCCAGAGGCUGGUAGGUGCAGCCCUUUCCAGGAGGGAGACCUUGGUGGAGGAGACCACAGCAGAGUCCAGCGAGGAGGAGGCAGUGGCGCCUUCCCAGUCUCUCCUCUCAGGUUAUGCAACCCCUGGGCUGACUCCCGCCAAUUCCCAGGCUUCAAAGGCCACUCCCAGGCCAGACCCCAAACCCUCAGUUUCCUCUACUCCGGCUACCAAAGAUGCCCUAGACGGCAAGCGGGAAGUGGAGCCCCAACAACCAGCUGCCACCAUGUCCCCUCAAACAGGCAGAAGAGACCCUGGCACCACACCUCAGAAGCCCAGGAAGGGGGCUGGGAGCCCCCAAGCCUCAACGCUGGCACUGCAGAGCGACAUCACUCGGCGCCUCCUGAGCGAACCCUGGCCCCUGAGCGAGGCCCAGGUCCAGGCGUCGGUGGUGAAGGUCCUGACAGAGCUCCUGGAGCAGGAAAGGAAGAAGGCCGUGGAUGCCGCCAAGGAGAGCAGCAGGAAGGGCCGGGCGGGUCGCAAGCGGAAGCUGUCGGAAGACCAGCCGGCUGCCAGGACCCCCAAGAGCAAGAAGAAGAAGCAGCUCGCGGCCGGGGAGGUUGGGGAGGGUGCUGUUUCCCCAGAAAAGGGCCCCAGGACUCUCAAGGGGAAAUCCAAGAAAGACAGAGCAAGUGGUGACAUCAAGAAGAAGGAGAAGGAGUCUCUUGGCCAAGGGGCCAAGGAGAAGCCAGAAGGGGAGCCGGCGAUGGUGUCAAUUGUGGGUGAAGACCCAGGCAACCCAAAGAGCAAGAAGGAGAAGAAGAAAACUGACAAGAGAAAAAAAGACAAGGAAAAGAAGGAAAAGAAGAAGAAAGCAAAGAAGGCCUCCACCAAAGCUCCUGACUCACUAAUCCAGAAGAAAAGGAAGAAAAAGGUAGAAAGAAGGCGGCAGAGCAGACUGUCUGAGGGGCACAAAGCGGCAGGGAUUUCUCAGACAAGCAGUGACCAGCCCCACGCCUCUGCCCACCAUGGGUUGGAACUGAAUUUGUGACUUCCCCUCCCUCUCCAGAAGAAGACAGCUAGCCACACUGUCCGCUCUGGCUGAGCCAGUGAGCCCUGCAGAGAGGCUGGUGCCGGGAGGAGGAAGUGCCCCCCGCUCCCGUGACCUGCACUCACUGACGCCGCGCCUGACCCCCUCGCGACACACAACGCUUCGUAUAGAUGUGUACAGUAUAUAUAUAUUUUUUUAAGUGAUCUGCCCCUCGCCCCUCCAGCCCAACCUGCCCCCUCAGCCCCCUCCGGACUUUCCACCUGUCUGGCCUGCAGACCCAGCGAGGCCCAGCCUGUGGCUCCUUCCAUGUCUUUGGUCUCCAGCUCCUGCUGAGGCCUUAUCCUCCGUUUGUGAGUUCUUCCCCAUUUUGUUUGUGUUUUUCUUUUUUUGUAAGAACUCAGAAAAUAAAAGACUUGAAGGAAAGGUACAAGUUCCUGGUACACUGGGGCAAACGUUUUGCAGUUGACUUAUUCUUGGAAGGGAGAGUCUGGCUGAUAGUCGGAGCAGAACAAACAUCACUCAGGAUUUGUUCUUGACUGCGUAUCGAGGCUGUGGACACCAUAGGGAGUGGGACAGUUUGCCAGAGAAGGAGACUCUGAAGUGCCCAGGGUGCUGAAUUGGGGUGGGGAAGGCUUCCUGGAGGAGGUGGCAUCUAAGCUAAGGGGGAGCUCAAGCAUGGUCAUGGUUGGUUUCCAGAUGCUGGGGUAGGCCAGGCAAGAAAUGGAAGGAGGCUUUCCGAGCCCCCUUUUGAAGUUAGGCCUGAGCUAGGGCAGGCCCUCUUGAGGUACCUGGUGGAGAAUAGCUGUGGCAGGCACAGUAGAAGCAGGAAAACCAGUUAGGACUGAGUUGCCCUCAUGUCCGGGUAACAAAGGGGCUGUGAUGAUGAAGAGAAGUGGACAAACUUGAAGAUGUGUCAGGGUGAAGUCUAGGGCCGUGGUGAUAGCCAGCAGUCAGAGGCCCAGAGCCAUGAAGAGCACCAGAGGCCGUGGAGAUCCCCUCCGAGGCUGUUAGCCUUCUGCUAGAGACAGCAGGAGGCCGUGUGGAGAGAGCGCUGGGCUGGAGGGCUGGAGACCCAGCUUUGCACCCGGCCCUGCCCUCCUCCUGGGGAGCCUCGCUCUCCCGUAAGCGUUGGUCUACAAGAGGCUGCAGGGUAGUGUUCUCUUGGGCUUCGUUGACCCACAGUAAGUCUUUAUACUUAGAAAUGGAGCACGAUUUCACUGAACUUCUUCACUCUGGGCUCCUCUUAAAGUCAAGAAGCCUGCCAGCAGGGGCCUCUGCUCCAUCCUGACAACAGCCGGCUGGGCCCCUGUGUCGUUGCUGUUGGUCGUCAUGCUUGUACUGUUCUUAGGAGAGGUGGAAAUGGGGACGUGGGACAAUGGAAGCUGGACCCAGAGGAGCUUGAGCUUAAAAAACUAUGGGCAAGAGCCUAUUUCUUUUUGAAAGUAACCAGUGUUCCUCUGUGUUAAAUGUGGAAAUCAAGUGUGUCUGUGUCUGAAGUCUACAAGCCCCGCAGCCCGGUCCCCCAGGCGUCUGUGUUUGGGUUCCCUGGACUGCAUUCUCCCACCCAGAGCACUGGGUUCAAGGUCUUCAGUUACCUCCUUGGGGUAAAUGACCCAGAUCCCAACAGAACAGCCAGGAGCCAGAAAUGGUCUACUUACUACCUUUUAUUCUUACAGGAGCCGCCACCCUAGGGGCUGGUGACAAGCUUGCUGAGCAGAGGGAACUAGGGGUUGGCGGAGAGUGAGGAGGGGUUGUGGGUGGAGAGGCUGGUUCUUCCUGGCCGAGUGAUGCUGGGGACAGAAAGGGUGGCUCAUCCCCCUAGUUAAACAGGCUGGAAUGCUGAGGCCAAAAGCCAGAGGGGAGG